ACUACCAAAUUUGGGAGUAACAACGUAAAUAAAAGAGAAAUGUGGGAGUAAUGAUGUGAAUAAACAAAUUUGGGAGUAUUUAUGUAAAAUCUGUAAUUUCUAGGAGUAUUCUUGUCAAUUUUGCCUUUUAAAAAAAAACGGGAAAGUCAAGAUUUACAUGAUCACGUUUGCAUACAAUAACUGGUUUUAGAUUAAAACUUUUUCUCUGGUAAAAAUAUUUCAGAUGCUUAUGGAAGCAGUAUUAGAGUCACUUAAAGACAUAGAAGUGGCAGGAACGGCUCAUGCUGAGUCAAACAACAGCCAACCAGAAACACUCCACACUUUUCCGGACUCGUCUUCUUCAACACAGAGCUCAGCCAUAAAUGAGCUUCCAGCUGCUGAUGGGCACAAUCCAGCAAAGGAAGCCAAAACCAGUGAGACAUCUCCUCGCUGUGAGAAUUCCAUUGCGCCGGUGAAUGAGUCCCCAACUGAUUGUGCCAAUGGGAAUGCGUCGAAGAAGGAAACCGAAAGCAGUAAUAGUGGUACUCCCCAGAGUUCAUCCAGCUCAGAUCACAACAAUGCCAAAGUUACUGCGGUAAAAAAUCCACCGAGCAACAACCGGGGGGAUGGUUUGGUGCGUUGUUGGGACCUCGGUUUCUUCAAGAGUAGGUAACAUCGAAUGUGGUGAUGCUCGUCAUAGUGUACAGUUCUGCCAUAUGAAAAUCAAAGUUAGUCCAGUGAAUAUUGGUUUUUUUUUUUCGAAAAUUUGAACCAUGAUAUAUGAUUAGAAGUAGCUGGAGAAAAAAUAUGCAAUAUCGAAGGAUGCAUUCAUUGUGUUAAUUUGGCUGUAAAAUAUGGAUUGAUCAAAAUUUGUUUGAACGAUAUUCAUUCCCGAGCAUUGUUGUAAGAGCUAAAAUGGAUGCACUGUCAAAGUAUGGCAUUGAAAUUUAAAUGUCAAAAGAUAAGUUCAUAUUUCCUUUUAUGAAAAGAAAAUGUGGUUUAUAUU